AUGGCCCCACCUGCCACCCAGCUGGGAGCUGUGGCCAAGGUCACCACGGCCUCCAGACCCCACAUGCCAGCAUGGAUCUGGCGCAUCAGCUGUUCAAGGGCGUCCCAUUCGAGUCAGAGCCUGUACGGCUUUGGCAAGAACCCUCUGUCUGUAAAGGGAACCCUGCCGACAGUAGUCCGCUUCAAUGGGCAGGACGUACCUGCUACGUUCUACCUGGUGGAGACGCCCAACCAAGAGGCCAUCACGGGCCUGGAUCUGCUCAAUGCCCUCAGUAUCACCCUCCACCCAGCUUCCCACAGCAUUUACAGCGUGGAGACGGAAGCGCAGCACCUGCCUGCAAUCGAAGGGUAUGAGCACCGCAUCGUGCUUAAACCCGGUGCCGUGCCAACAGCCUACCGGCUCCGCCGACUUCCCCUCUCAGUCCGCGAGGAAGUGUCGGCCGAGCUGCAACGUCUUCUGCAAGCCUGCGUCAUCGAAAAGGUCGGCGCCUCUGAGUGGGUAAGCCCCCUCGCCGUGUCCCGGCGUAAGGACGGUCGGAUGCGUAUCUGUGUCGACCUCCGUGGGCCAAACGCACAGAUCGUCGCUGAGGUUCACCCUCUGCCCACAAUAGACGAGCUGGAGUCGAAGCUCUGCGGGAGGGUCUACAGCCGAAUAGACGUCAAGACAGCAUUCCACCAGCUCCGUCUCCACAAGGACUCGCGCUACGUCACGGCCUUCCUGACGCCUGACGGCCUCAUGAGGUACACGCCAGUACCAUUCGGCCUGGUCUCCAGCGGCAGCGCCUUCCAGAAACUGCUCAGCAGCCUGCUAGAGGGCAUCCCUGACUGUGGACACUACCUGCCCGACAUCCUCGUGUCCGGGAAAGACCAUCAGGAACACGACGCCUGCCUCCGAGAGGUGCUGGACCGCCUCGCCCGGUCCAACGUCACCAUGAACCGGGACAAGUCCGUCUUCAGGCAGACCACCAUCGAGUUCUGUGGCCAUAGGCUGUCCAGCGCGGGGUCGUCCCCCUAA